UGGCACGUUGGCUAGCUCGCCUGCAGCUGCCGCUCUGGCUGUCCCUGCGCCCCGCGCACGUCUCUCUCUCCCUCUCUCUCUCUUGGUUACACCACGAUGGAGCCGGCAAGCGUGCGUGAUUCAGGCGACGUCCUAACUCUCGGGCACAUAGGUGGCAUGUACCGCAGAUUUGGAGAGGUACAGGGCAUCUUCGACGAGGAUCACUACAGGAUCUUGACGGAUGCCCUGUCUCGCGUCAAGAAGCGGUCCGAGCCGCUGUACGGCCGACUGUCGAGCGUCUACGACAUGACCAAGAGCGUUCGCACCAAGAAGAUGACCCGCGGGCAGCUGCGGACGGUACUUGAUCGGCAUUUAGAGACCUUCGUGACCGAGGAGGAACGGGAGGCGGAAGAAGAGAAAGAGGACGAGGAGGAAGAGGAGGAGGGCGGAGAGCUUUCCGACGAGGACGCGGAGACCGUGAUCGAUGAGAAUGUGAAUGGCCGGAAGGGGAACCGUGAUACAGACGUUACGGCUUGGAAUGGCCAGAAGGGUAACCGUGCUGCAGACGUUAAGGCUCGGACUCGGAGUCUCAUGCAGGGUUACCUUCCUUUGUCAAAAAGGCGAUGGCUAAAAUCGGCCAACUUUACCAUACCUCACGGGUAUUGCGACAAGACGUACUGGGGGUUGACUUUCAGGAACACGGUCCGGGGUGACGUCGACGAGGCUAUCCAGAGGAGGCCACCGACGCUUGUGACCGAGUGCCCUCGCAAUACAAGAAUCUGCUUCGCGAGACAGCUCGACAAUUACGUCCAGCUGAAGAAGGUCCUCGUCGACAGGAGAGGCAGGGUCUUCCGGGCCCCCGACAAAGACAUCAAGCGUGCCCUCGCCAUCAUCGGUGGCAUGCCCAAAAACAUGUCGGUGUCCGAGUACGUUUUGUCUGUCAAGGAGAUGUUUCGGGUUCGCGGUUGAUGUCGCUUUGUUUCUCUAUCUUGUCAUUCCUCUCCCGCUUUUUUUUUUUGUUCAACAAUUGGGCAUCUCUAGAGCCAGAGCCAGAGGGAAGCGUGCUGGAGGAGUUGGUACACUGUCGGAGAGUGUUUUUUUUUUUAUAAAACGUAGUUACCCGAAAACGAGCGCGUACAGGAUCAGGGCCGGGUGGCUAGAGGAGCCCGAUGACGACGUAGCCCUGUUGAGGGACACGGUAAAGAGGGUGAUGUGGAGAGCCCCCUCCCCCGGGCGUUGCCUAAGGUGAAGGACCCGGGAGGGAAGGGGCGCGUCUCGUACGAGAAAAACGCACGAAGUAUGCGUUGUUGAAGUCCGUCGCGCGCAAGUCGAGAAUGGGGAGGUUUUUCGAGGGAGGCGGGAGGCGAUUGAGAAGGUGAUCGUGGGGAUCGAGUGCCUCUCCGGCCUGACACGUAUUUGCCGUCGAGAUGCUUAGGCGUCGUGCGUGGCGUAGUCGAUGUGGUAGUCUGGACGGAAGAUAAGAGUUUUGGUUACUUCCCAAGAACUAUUGCUCUUGCCACAAGUAGCCCUCACCAGUGCUAAUCGGUGAUAAGAGUAACGAUGUACUGUAGUCUAUAUUUCCACAGAAAAAUCGGUUCACGUUGAAGUGUUCAACCGGGCCAGGGAGAGAGGGUAAAAUGAUCAGUGAAGACCCAUAGCUGGUAUUUGUACGUCUGUACUUCUCUGUUCUCUAUCCCCCCCCGAUAUGUGCCCUGCUAGCUCUCCAGAGCUCCUGUGUUUUUCAAACAAGCACAUCCACCAGCACACACCUGUACCUCGUGGUUUCCUAGGUUCGGGCGAGGGUAAGUGUGUCGCUACGAGUGUGGAUGUGUUGUUGAUAUGUGUUACUCGUCUACAGCAGUA